AUGAGCCCCGACGAGUCCCUGCGGUCACUCUCCCUCGACUACCUGAACCUUCUCAUCAACGGUCAGGCCUUCAGUGACGUCACCUUCAGCGUUGAAGGCCGUCUCAAGCAACUGACGAGCAUGGUGGAGAAAGCAUCAAUCGACGACGUGAUGAAAGUCCUCAUCGCCUCUCGAAAGCAAGAAAUGCAACCGUUGUGGGCCACGUGCUCCCACCUCGUCGCGAAAUCGGGCCUCCCGCCAGAGGUCCUCGCCAAGCACCUCCCGAUCGACGUCGUCGCUCGAAUCGAGGAGCUCCGACUCAAAUCCUCCCUCAUCUCCCGCCGCCACCACCACCACCCUGACCACCACUUUCCGGCGGCGGCCGACGAGCUCGAGGACCAGAAGAUCCGGCGAAUGCGUCGCGCGCUUGAUUCUUCAGAUGUUGAGCUCGUGAAGCUCAUGGUGAUGGGGGAAGGGCUCAACCUCGACGAGUCCCUCGCGCUCCACUACGCGGUCGCCAAUUGUAGCCGGGAGGUCGUGAAGGCGCUACUCGAGCUAGGGGCGGCGGACGUCAACUGCCCGGCGGGGCCUGCCGGGAAGACGCCGCUACACGCGGCGGCGGAGAUGGUGUCGCCGGAGAUGGUGGCGGUGUUGCUCGACCACCACGCGGACCCGGUGGCGAGGACGGUGGACGGGGUCACGCCGCUAGACGUGCUCCGAACCCUAACGUCCGACUUUUUGUUUAAAGGGGCGGUGCCGGGAUUGGGACACGUGGAGCCUAAUAAGCUGAGGUUGUGCCUCGAGCUCGUGCAGUCGGCGGCGAUGGUGAUGUCACGGGAGGAAGGGAGCUCCGGCGGUGGUGGCGGCGGGGACCGGCCGCCUGGAGGAGGGGUUUACCCGACGGAGCUCGACUCGAGGAUGGUGUAUUUGAAUCUCGGGGCCCAAAUGGGUGGGAAAAUGGGAGAGGGCUCGUCGGAGGAAGGUGGCGGAGGCGGAACCGCUGGCGGCUCGAUGUACCACCACCACCACCAUAAUCAGUAUUGA